CGUGCACGGGUGCGUCGCGCGGUCACGCUGUUGUCACGAGCCUUAUCCAAUCCGUGGAGUGGAGGCUGGAGAAUUAAAACGGACAUCAAUUAUACAGCACAUUUUAUUUACCAAAUUUAGUGCGCGAUAAAGAGAGCCGGGCUAUAAUUUCAUAUCGCCGGUUGGCUAUUAAGACCGUCUGAGUUAUUCCGGUCAACCCGUGAUGUAUUCCAGUAUUUGAAUGAUAUUGCUAGCCAGCUAGCUAGCUGUUAAGCUAGCUUUACGGUGCUUGACUCGAAGUAACGUUAUAUUCUCGGACCAUAUUUUCAUUAAGACAUCUGACUGCAUUCAUCUGAGAGACACCCAAGUGAUUGGCGGUUUUAACUUCAGCGAAUUAUUACAGUAACGUCAGGUGUUAUGCGCGUCGGUUGUAAUCCUAGCUGGAUAAGGAUUGAAUGAAAUAACGUUAGCUUCCCAGAGCCUGCGGAAACGAACCAGUUAACAGGGAUAAGGUUAAGUUCUCCUGCUGCUGCUUGAUCCACCGCCAUCCAGCUAGCUAAUCUAGCAAAUGCUAUCGGAGCUAGCCUCCCACAAGCAUACAGUGAGCUUGGUAGGUCAAUCAUAAAGGUGUAGCGAUACGACCGGAUCUGCGAAGGAGCUAUCUAACGUUACUACUAAACGUCAAGUUGGCCAUCUUCCACUCCAGCCCAGUGUUAAGCUGACCGACGGAUAACGUUAAGGCCGUAGCGAGGACAGAAACCUGCAAAAAUGCCGGCUGUGUCGAAAGGAGAUGGAAUGCGCGGAUUAGCCGUUUUCAUUUCGGACAUAAGAAAUUGUAAGAGCAAGGAAGCCGAGAUAAAACGGAUCAAUAAAGAGCUGGCCAACAUUCGCUCCAAGUUUAAAGGGGACAAGGCUCUCGACGGCUACAGCAAGAAGAAAUAUGUCUGCAAGCUGCUCUUCAUCUUCCUGCUCGGCCAUGACAUUGACUUUGGACACAUGGAGGCCGUCAACCUGCUGAGCUCCAACAAGUACACAGAGAAACAGAUUGGUUACCUGUUCAUCUCCGUGCUCGUAAACAGCAACAGCGAGCUGAUCCGUCUGAUCAACAACGCCAUCAAGAACGACCUGUCCAGCCGCAACCCCACCUUCAUGUGCCUGGCGCUGCACUGCAUCGCCAACGUGGGAAGCCGCGAGAUGGCCGAGGCCUUUGCCAGCGAGAUCCCUCGGAUCCUGGUCGCUGGUGAUACCAUGGACAGUGUGAAGCAGUCGGCUGCACUGUGUCUGCUGCGCCUCUAUAAGACCUCGCCUGACUUGGUGCUGAUGGGUGAGUGGACUUCACGCGUGGUGCACCUGCUCAAUGACCAACACAUGGGUGUGGUGACAGCAGCCAUCUCCCUCAUUACCUGUCUGAGCCAGAAGAAUCCAGAUGAAUUCAAGACCUGCGUUUCCCUGGCAGUGUCCCGACUUAGCAGGAUUGUGUCGUCAGCCUCCACCGAUUUGCAGGAUUACACCUACUACUUUGUCCCGGCACCGUGGCUCUCUUGCAAGCUGUUGCGCCUGCUGCAGUGCUACCCGCCGCCAGAAGAUGGCGCUGUCAAGGGCCGUCUGGUAGAGUGUCUGGAGACCAUCCUCAAUAAGGCCCAGGAGCCACCCAAGUCCAAGAAGGUGCAGCACUCCAACGCCAAGAAUGCUAUCUUGUUUGAGGCUAUCUCACUGAUAAUCCACUAUGAUAGCGAGCCCAACCUGCUGGUGCGAGCCUGUAACCAGCUGGGCCAGUUCCUGCAGCACCGAGAGACCAACCUGCGCUACCUGGCUCUGGAGAGCAUGUGCACUCUGGCCAGCUCGGAGUUUUCCCAUGAAGCCGUCAAGACGCACAUCGAGACGGUCAUCAACGCCCUCAAGACCGAGAGGGAUGUGAGUGUUCGACAGAGGGCGGCUGACCUGCUCUAUGCCAUGUGUGAUCGCAGCAACGCCAAGCAGAUCGUCGCCGAGAUGCUCAGCUACCUGGAGACGGCAGACUACUCCAUCAGAGAAGAGAUGGUGCUGAAAGUGGCCAUACUGGCAGAGAAGUACGCCGUGGAUUACUCCUGGUACGUGGACACCAUUCUCAACCUCAUCCGCAUCGCUGGCGACUACGUCAGCGAAGAGGUGUGGUAUCGCGUCAUUCAGAUCGUCAUCAACAGAGACGAUGUGCAGGGCUACGCCGCCAAGACGGUCUUUGAGGCGUUGCAGGCACCUGCUUGCCACGAGAACAUGGUGAAGGUUGGAGGCUACAUCCUGGGAGAGUUUGGUAACCUCAUUGCUGGCGACCCGCGCUCCAGCCCCCUGGUCCAGUUCAACCUUCUCCACUCCAAGUUCCACCUGUGCUCGGUGCCGACUCGCGCCCUGCUGCUGUCCGCGUACAUCAAGUUCAUCAACCUGUUCCCGGAGACCAAGGCCACCAUCCAGGAGGUGCUGCGCUGCGACAGCCAGAUCCGCAAUUCGGACGUGGAGCUGCAGCAGCGCGCUGUCGAGUAUCUGAAGCUUUCCUCCAUCGCUAGCACCGAUGUCCUGGCCACUGUCCUGGAAGAGAUGCCUCCCUUCCCAGAGAGGGAGUCGUCCAUCCUGGCUAAGCUGAAGAAGAAAAAGGGGCCCGGUGCUGUGUCCGUGACAGAGCUGGAAGACAGCAAAAGGGAGGGUGGGGAGUUGAAUGGAGGGAGUGACCGGGGGCCAGACACAGCAGCCAUGGCUGCGUCCAACGCUUCCACCCCGUCGCCGUCAGCAGACCUCCUCGGGAUUCGUUCCGCCGCUCCGGUUGGCGCCGCCCCAACCAGCGCUGGCAGCCUAUUGGUGGAUGUGUUCUCUGAGGCGGGACCUGCCGCUCCUUCUGCUGCUGUGAACGACGACGGCUUCCUAAGAGAUCUGGAACAGCCCACCGAGACCUCUGAUUCCCUAUUGGUGGAGGGUUCUGGUGACUCGGACUCUGCUCCUCCCUCUGAGGAUCCUGCUCCUCCUCUGUCUGAGGCAGACGAACUUCUUAACAAGUUUGUGUGCAAGAACAACGGCGUUCUGUUUGAGAAUCAGCUGCUACAGAUUGGCAUCAAGUCAGAGUAUCGUCAGAAUCUGGGGAGAAUGUACCUAUUCUACGGUAACAAGACGUCGGUGCAGUUUGCCAGCUUCACCACCACAGUCAGCUGUCCUGGGGAGCUGCAGUCUCAGCUCAACGUCCAGACCAAAGCAGUGGAGCCUCUGGUGGAGGGGGGGGCCCAGAUCCAGCAGGUCCUCAACAUCGAGUGUCUGACUGACUUCUCUGAAGCCCCGCUGCUCAACAUCAAAUUCAGAUACGGUGGAGCGCUGCAGAACCUGACUCUCAAGCUGCCCGUCACCAUCAACAAGUUCUUCCAGCCCACUGAGAUGGCAUCGCAUGAUUUCUUCCAGCGCUGGAAACAGCUAAGCCAGCCUGCACAAGAAGCGCAAAAGAUAUUCAAGGCUAACCACAGCAUGGACACUGAAGUACUAAAGGCUAAGCUACUGGGACUAGGGACGGCCCUGCUGGACGACGUGGAUCCCAACCCAGAGAACUACGUGUGUGCUGGAGUGAUCCAGACCAAGGGCCAGCAGGUUGGCUGUCUGCUGAGACUGGAGCCCAACGCCCAGGCACAGAUGUACCGUCUGACUCUGCGCUGCAGCAAGGACUCCGUGUCCAAGCGUCUCUGCGAGCUGCUGGCCGAACAGUUCUAGAGUCCAGACCUCUACCGUGACCAGUACUCCCAGCAUCCCCAGCGGCGACCUCUCCCUCCAGCCCUCCUGCCUCCUCCUCCCUCCAACAAAGAGUCUUUGGUUAAAAAAACAAACAAAAAAAAAACAAGGUGUAACCUACAUAAGGGAAAAAGCAGCCACUGCUAGCAGCAGCGGUAAUACUAUUGUUAUUAUUGUUGUCCCAAAUUCUGAUUCCAGUUCAUCCUCUACUUGUUAAUUAACAUGAUGCUACAUUCUUGUUUUUGUUGGUGUUUACCUAUAUGUGUGUGUGUGUGUGUGUGUGUGUGUGUGUGUGUGUGUGUGUGUGUGUGUGUGUGUGUGUGUGUGUGUGUGUGUGUGUGUGUGUGUGUGUGUGUGUGUGUGUGUGUGUGUGUGUGUGUGUGAUGGUUGUGCUGGGGUCCCAUUCUGCUCCAUCCUGACUGUACUGAUGCUGUGUGUGUGAGAGAGAGAGAGCGAGAGAUACUUCAUUUGAAUUGGCAGAGCAUUCCUCGAAGUCAAAUGGGUGGAGCUGUCAAUUGCACACAUGAACUCAUACACACGCACAGGCACGCACAUUAGCAGAAGGCCUCCAUGAUUUCUGGUGGGAUCCACUAAAGAAGUGAGACCUGAUGGGGGGCCCAGAACUUCUGGUCUCUGCCGCUUCUGCCCACUCAUUUCCGUCAGGCAUUCCCGUGAAAAUGCACUUGGUGCGUUGGGAUCCUCUUCUUAGAGCCUCCAGCAUGAGCCACCUUACUCCCCCCACCCAGCCCCCCCCCUCGAAAGAGCUGCUCCCUCUCCUGAAGCCCUGUAAUGAGUAGCCUUUCAUUUUAAAGAACUACAUAGUACACUUCGUUUUGCGUUUCUUGGUGUGUAUAUAAAUAUGUGCCGUGUGUUACUUUAUCGCUUUCUGAGACAUUCCCGUCACGCUUGUUUACAACAACGCCCGUAAUUAACCCAGCCACUCAAGCUCAAGGAUGGCAACAGAGCGGACGCCGCGUAGAUGACGGGCCCAGGGAUGAGACUUGCCGUGUCGAAACAGUCCACUUUGCCCGGGAGGUGGUUCCAGCCGCUCGAUAAAACGUAUAUAUCUGACCUUGGACGCGGCUCGCCCGAGUAUGUUUUUCAAAUGUAUCUUGUUCUCUACAACAAGCCACGCAAAAGGUGCGAUUUAUACUAAAGCAUUUUCAAGCCGCAUGCUUUAGUUUUAUAAGAGGGAAGACUUCAGUGAGGAGGAUGAAUAAAUGCGCUGUCUCCCAACCUCCGAUGAAGAGGACAGUGCACAGCUGCUGGGCCUGUGGGUGAGUCUCCCAGACCCGCUCUAUAUCUGAGAGCCACGAUGGCUCCAGAGAGCCCUUUUUUUUUUUUUAAUGGUUUGGGUUGCGCCAUCACUGUCCAUUAUAGAGUCCAGUUGAUUUUCUUUCUGAAGACGUGCACAGCCUUGGCUAUGAUCAAGAGUAGGACACAAAUAGAGGCACUAUAAUCACCUAAAGCAAUUUUAACAACUUUAUUAGCCAGUGAUGCUCCGAUCCAGAGCCAACCUAUAUACACUGAGCCAGUUCCUUCCCCAGGCUGGACCCGGGCGGCCGUCUGAUAUGCAUAUGUACACAUUCAUAUUCCUGCUCGUCCAGCCAAGCGUUCAUUGAACCGAUCAAUCAGUCGACCACUACAGUCCGUCUUUAGAGAACACCGUUCUCUCAGUAACUUCCUACUGUUUUAGACCCCAGCUUUCCAAACUCUUCCUGGGCUUCCUCUCGCGCACAAGCACUGACGUGGGAGAGGACAGGAUGUAAGACACCCAGAUGUCCAUAACAAAAUACAGGGGACUGUUUGUUUGUGUGUGAGUGGUGAGUGUGAGAGAGAGAGAAUGUGGCUGUAAGCAGGUAAGAAAAAAAAAAAGAAGCCUAAAGACAUUUCUAAUACAUGGUCACAUCAUAGUCUGUGGCUGCACGGCAAUCACAGGACAUUGAACUUUGUAGUGGAAAAUGUAGUCAUUCUGUGUAUGUGGGGUGUGUGUGUGUGUGCGUGCGUGCGUGCGUGCAGUAUCCACUAGCUAAUGCAGCCUCAUGUAUCGGUGUUAAGAACAUGUCCAAUACCUGUGUUUAGAAUUAAGAUUUACUCUGUAAUGAAGAAAUGUGAAAGUAAAACUAUGCCAUAUAUCUGA